AAAAAAUAAUGAGGGAUGUUCCAAUGCAUGUCCGAUGUGUUGGACCAAAAAGUAUCCAAUGAAUGUGUCCAAUAUAUGUCCAACACACACAGAACUUCCAAAUGUUUGUGUUUUUUAGGUAUUUACAAUACAGCCCAAGUCAAAUGGAGGCAUGCAACAUUUAAUGUUGGGAUGGUCCUGUUCAUUUGCAUCUAAACUUGGACAAAACCUGAACUUGCUGCUAUCUUCAAUUUUUAUUUUAUUAAUUUAUUUUUUCAAAUUCUGUAUUAAUUCCUUGAUGAAAUUUUUGCAGUGGAAUUCUUUCUGCAAUGGCAUCUAGUACAGUGGUUCAGCGGGGUGUCGACAUGUUCAGGGAAAGGAGUGUAGAGAAAAUUAUUCUUGUUGGGGUUUCCGGAGUUGGGAAAACAUGGACAGCUAAACAGUUAAGUAAGCAUGCAAUUAAAGAGGGUUUAUUUGAGAUUGCUCUCUGGGUAUUCUGCAACAGAAAAUAUCAUGGGACAGCUCUUAGUGAGAGUAUUGCUCGUCAAUUGUCUCUCCUACCCAUUGCUGACGAGUGGGAAGUUGAGGAUAAAAAGGGGGGAAAGGAGGAGGAGAACCAUGAAGACUUGCAAACGAUGAUAGCUAAAUCCCUUGAGAAGAAGAAGGUUCUUUUAAUUUUUGAUGAUGAGGGAAACAAAAUGAAGGAAGGACAGAUAAUACUCGAAUUGGAAACUUUGCUGAAUCUUCCCAAUGUAAGUUCAUACAAGGUUCUAAUCACUAGCACAAAUGCUCCCACGGGAUCCAAAGAUGAGAUUUUGGUGAAACCCUUGUCUGUGGAAGAGUCAUUGUCCUUAUUUCGAGAUAGGGUUGGGAGAAGAGUUUAUGAAGAUCUAGUCAUUAAAGAUUUAGCUGAAAAAUUCAUAAAAGAGACCAAAUAUUUUCCUGCUGCAAUUAUGUUGAUGGCAAAAGCCUUCAGUUAUUUUGUUCAAUGUGAUUCCGGAACACAGAUGCUUGAGAGUGCUUUGAAAGAAACAGCUGAAUCUGAUAGUAAAAACUAUAAUUUAGCAUGGCUACUACACAGUGGGUAUGACAUGUUGCCAAGGAGUGUUUUAAUUGACUGUUGUCGGCAUGGUAGUCGCUUCUUUCGCAACCGUGGAAGCAUUCAUUACAGUGAGUUGAUAGCUUACUGGAUAUUGGAAGGAUACCUUGGGCAUGUUGAGUGUAUGGAGAAGGCAUAUGAAAAGGGCCAUUCUGUUUUCAUGGAGCUUGUGGAUUGUCAACUGUUGAAAAAACUGGAUAGUGGUUACGUUGUCAUGGACAGUGAUCGAGCAAUUGUAAAUUUGGAUGACUUUGACCACUGUGGAUUCGGGGGGACCAGCAGUCUUGGCUUGGCUGAUCUGCUUGAGGACUGUGAGGGGACAACCAGUCUUGGCUUGGCUUAUUUGUUUGAGGAUGGUGAAUGGGAAGGCUUUGGGAGAAUCAGUCAAGCAGAUGGAAUGAUAAAAUCAGUUUGUUCAACUAAAAUGGGGCAGAAACUGUCUACGCUUUUCCUUAAUGGAAAUCGUUGUCUGGAAAUCCUUGAUAGUUUCUCUGGGUUGGAGGAACUCCAAGUUCUUGCCCUUUUCAACCCGACUGCCAAAUCACUGACACAACACUUGUCUAAAAUGCACCAGCUUAUUGUGCUUGUUCUCAGAGGUUGUGAUUUUUUGGUGGAGAUGGACCACAAGUUUGAACUUACAAGAUUGACUGUUCUUGAGAUAUCUAAUGCUAGCUCCUUGAAAACAAUUCCAGAUGAUUUUUUUGCACAUAUGCUCCAGCUUCAAAGCUUGCAUAUAUCCGAACUGAAGGUUGAUCAUUUACCUUCAUCUCUUUACAACCUUAAAGAAUUACGCCAGCUCAUUCUUAGAGGGUGUUCUUGCUUCCAAACAAUAGACAGUCUGAAAAAUUUCAAAAAUCUCACGGUGCUUGAUGUUUCCGGUGCUACAUCUUUGACAAAAUUUAUCGACAAAACCUUUCGACACACUCCAAAACUUCAGACGCUUAAUCUUUCUCAUACCUCUAUUAACAGGAUACCAAAACUUAAAGAUCUUGGACAGCUUACUCAUCUCUCACUACGUAGCUGUAAACUCUUAGAUAGACUGCCCAAAACUGAUUUACUAACUAGUCUCCAAACUCUUGAUCUUUCAGGUGCUAUAAAGUGUAAGGAAUUCCAUGAGCAGUCACAAAAACUUCCUAGUGACCUUAAAAUUCUUGAUAUAUCACAAACUCCUUUAGAAAAACUACCUUUUGAGAUUAAUGCUCAUCAUCUCUUUAUAAAACAUUGUCUUCGGCUACAAAAACUACCUUGCAUUGAAGCACUUAAAGAUCUCGAGGUGCUUGAUCUUUCAGGCUCCUCAAGUCUGGUUGAAAUUGAAGAUCAAUUCUUUAGCCAUCUGUCUUUUCUUCAAAUUCUCAACCUGUCGAAAACUGGAAUAAAAACUCUUCCUUCAGUUUCCAAGCUUAAAAACCUGCGUCAGCUAUUAUUGUCGGGUUGUAUUGCUUUGACAGAGAUAAAAGAUACAUCUUUUGAGCAGAUGUCUUGCCUUCAAAAUCUUGAUCUCUCUGACUGUACUAACUUGAAAGCACUUCCACCUCUAGAAACUCUAUCAAAUCUUAAGGAGCUAAAUUUAUGUGGUGUUAGUUCUUUGAAGAAAAUUGGGGCUGGUUUUUUGGAGCACAUGAGCCACCUUCAGAUUCUUGACCUCUCUGAAACCCAGAUUGGAUGGUUGCCAUCCAUGUCAAACCUCAAAAGCCUUCGUCAGCUAUCUAUAAGAGGUUGUGAGGAUUUACCAACAGUGCCAAAUUUGGAAGUGCUCAUGAGCCUUGAGGUUCUGGAUCUUUCUGGAACAGGAGUCACUCAUAUACCAUCCCUUGAGAAUUUUAGCAACCUCAGACAGCUCCUCCUUAGGGGUUGUUCAAACUUGAAAGGGUUUCUGCAUGGGGAAAUGAUUGAUCUGUUGGGAACCACUGUUAAAGAGCUUCCCUAUGGAAUCUCAAAGUUGACUCAUCUUGAGUGCCUUGAUCUGCCACACAAGGAAAAAAUACAAGGGGCUGAAAGCAGAAAUAUGAAGUCCCUGCCAGAAGUGGAUGAUCCUAAUCAGUGGAGCAUGUCCAGUUUUGACAAUCCUCACAUUGCUAUGAGUGGUAUUCAGUUUCUUCAAAUUUUCAAGAAAAAUCCCUCUUUAUUGGAGACACGAUUUCAUUUAUGUGUCCAUCCUACCAAAGGGAAAAAUAAGAAGGGGGAUACAUAUUCUUAUAGAAAUGACCAUAUUUUCAGAGAUAUCCUCUUCCGGACUGCAGAAUUUGAUUGUUUUAAAGAGCAACGAUCACUGGAGAUACAUGGAUUCGAUCUUUUCCCCAGUGGUGUAGGGGAUGUGCUCUGCAAUGCCGACUGUGUGUUUUUUAUCAAUAACACAUUCAACAAAUGGUUUUCUGAUAUUGGUGUUUCCAGCCUUCAGGCAAUCAAAGGCUGUUGGAUUGAGAGAUGCACAAAAAUGGAGGGCGUUUUUCAAGCAGGAAAGGAAGAUGAUAUCGCUGAAUUGGGGUUAGAAAUUUUAGGGAUUUCAAAUGCUAAAAAUUUGAGUAGUAUAUACAGUGGGAACUUGCAUUGUCAGAGCUUUCAAAAGCUUAAAUGUCUAUAUCUUGACUGUUGUCCUAAGCUUUCAACUGUUUUCUCGUCAUCCCAGCUGCCAGAAAACCUCAAAGUUCUUCAAGUCAGAUUUUGUGAUAAAUUGGAGACAGUAUUUGAACAAUCAUCUCCAGAGCCCAAAUUGCAAAAUCUGGAGACAUUAUGUCUGUGGGAAUUACCAGAACUAACGAGCGUUGGAUGCAGAUUGCCCUCUCUGCAAACUCUAAAAGUAUGGGAGUGUCCAAAACUGCAGAAAUUAGAAGACACUAUCAGAUUGGCCGAAAGUAUACAGACUUUAUGGAUUUCCAAUGUUGUUGAUUUGAAGAACAUAUACAGUGAAAGCCGGCAACUUGAAACUUUGAUUCUUGAGAGUUGCCCCAUGCUUGAAACUAUUGUCACUUCAUUGCAGCAGCCACAAAGUCCCAUGACUGUCAAAAUCAAGUCAUGCAACAAAUUAAAGCCUGUGUCUGGAAGCAACACAUUAUCAGAGUCUAUAAUGCAGUAGCUGCACACACUGAAUCUGCACAAAUUGCAAAAAUUGGAGGAAAUUGGGUUUAGAAAAACUGUUGUCACGAGAUGCCUAAAUUCCCUGGUGGGUUGAAUAUCAAGAUCUCCUCCUGUUAGCUAUAUCAGAGGAAUUUGACAUGGAACGAUAUCGGGCAAUUGUAAUUGAACAAAAUACAAAUUCAUUGAGAUGCUGAACAAUUUUUGCCUCUUGUACGCCCAAUCUGACGUCAGGGAUUGUAUAUUCAUUCUAGCUGCUACUGCACUUCUCAAUUGCAUUGUAUUGAGAUGAAGUUGCUUUCUAUUCUUGGGCGUUGGUCAUCUCAGUUGGAGCAUAAAUGGGAUUUUACUAGACAGGGAUUAGGAGGAAGUUUAACUUUGAGUUGAGCAUCUUUGUCUCCUGUUGCGUGUGAUUCUACAUUAGCUGACUGCUAUUUUUACGUGCCACCUUUGUUUAAUAUAUUUUUUUCCUACUCUUGUUUCGCUUUGUA